AGAAUUGUAGGUAUGUCGGUACGCGCUGUCAAGCAUUACAGUCCUUAGUUUCAUGAUUAAUAUUUCUGUUAGUAGCUGUUGUAAAGGCCCACUGAUUAUGUGCGCGUGUGUGUGUGUAUGCACACACACACGUGCCUUUUGCGGGCAGUUUGAGUAAUGCACUGUUCUGAUGUUUGCAAUAGCUGACAUGUGACAGAGCUUACCUUACUAAAGCCCCUAGAGGCUGUCCAGAAACACUACACUUUACGAGAGUGUCUGUGUGUAGUAGUACAGUGGAACCUCUGGAUGCUAGUGCACACACAACCCACCGUGUGGACUGAUGGAACAGCCUUUAAACUAACAGUGGUUUGAGAGGAUCUGUGUACAUGAUGAGGGCUGAGCCUGUAGGCAUCUGAGAGAGAUGGAGAGGGAGAAAAUUGAGUCAGAGAGGGAAAUACAUGGAGCGUAGGCUGUAAGAGGAUUCCAACUUGUCAGAUCCCUCAGAACCCACGGUCUUAGGCACGCACGCACGCUUGCACGCACACCUAAUAACAGAGUGGGACACACUACAGUAGGUGGGCGGGAGGUGGGAUUUGCUGAAAAGGAGGUCUGAGUAGAGGAUGUCUGGAGAAAGGAAGAGGUUAGAAAAAGGGAUUAGGAUCGUUUGAGGAUAAUGGCGAGUAUUCUCAGCACAUUUCUUCAGCUCAUUUGGGUUACAGCACUCUCUAACUCAUGGACACUCACUUGUAUGCUCUCGUGUUUCCUCUCUGGCACGGCUCAAAGUGUGUGUGUGUGUGGGUGUGUGGUUUAAAGCCUACCCCGCAACACAGGAAAAAGCGGCUGGGGCAGCUUUCUUCUCCCCUCCCAAGUCCUCUGAAACAGUGUGUUCUCAUUAGUCCGUUCACUUCCUGGCUUUGCCACAGUCGGAUAGCUUGUCAGAGCCACCCUGAUUUUCCCUGUCCGUUCUGAGCACUUGUUCACUUCGUGUCAUGGAUUAAAAAGGAAUAUGACCGGUGUAAGACAUGUAAUGGAAACCUCGUUUUAGUGUAAGCUAAACCACGCUUUCGCCAAUCCACUGAUUUUACGGGGUGAAGGGUGUGGACUUUGGGAGGAAGGAACAGAUGACCGGGGCGUAUCAGAGUUAUCAGGGCCACUUGUUUGGGAGGAGUGGGUGUACCUUGUCUGUGUGUUGGUAAGCAGCCUUGUGGUAGAAGUUUGUCUAACGGAGGUGAGGGAAGAUGUUGGCUAUGGACCAAGGAGUGGUGGAGGAAUGGUUAUCAGAGUUUAAGACUCUCCCUGACAGUGCAGUGUCCAGCUACGCAGCGUCUCUGAAGGAUAAAGGCUCCUUGAUCCCAGCAAUCUACAAGGUCAUCAGAGAGAACUAUAGUGACCUACUGGAACCAGUUUGUCACCAGCUGUUUGAGUUCUAUCGUAGCGGGGAGCCACGGCUGCAGAGGUUUGUGCUCCAGUUCCUCCCCGAGCUGCUCUGGUCCCUCCUCCUGGCUCCAUCUGCAGCUAGGGACCCGCACACCUCAGGGUGCAUAGAGGCCCUGCUGCUGGGGAUAUACAAUCUGGAGAUCGUAGAUAAGGAUGGACAGAGUAAAGUCCUGUCCUUCACUGUCCCUUCCCUCUCCAAACCCUCAGUCUACCAUGAGCCCUCCACUAUUGGCUCCCUGGCAUUAACAGAAGGCGCUCUAGCCAAUCACGGGCUGAGUAGAGUUGUGUACAGCGGACCUCACCUACAGAGAGAAACGUUCACAGCUCAGAACAGGUUUGAGGUGUUGACCUUCCUGUUGCUGUGUUACAAUGCAGCUCUCAGCUACAUGACUUCCUCUUCUCUACAGUCUCUCUGUCAGCUUAGCUCCAGGGUGUGCAUCUGUGGUUACCCACGGCAGCAGCUCAGGAGGUAUAAAGGCAUCAGCUCUCGUCUGACCGUCACCUCGGAGUUCCUGGUUCAGCUCAUCACUGGGAUUCACUACGCACUGUGUAAUGGAGAGGUGGACCUUGGCACCAAGGCCCUGGAUGAUGUAUUGUACCGAGCACAGCUAGAACUGUUCCCUGAAGCGUUACUGGUGGGUAAUGCCAUCAAGUCGUCCCAACAGUGCGCAGCGCUAAAGUCUAGCGCCAGUAAAGAAGGAGCUCGUAGUAUCCAGGUUGAAAUCACACCUACUUCCUCUAGGAUCUCACGGAAUGCCGUCACAUCGCUCUCGAUCAGAGGACACCGCUGGAAACGCCAUGAUGCAGUGGAUCUGGGUUCCCCGGAGGAGUUGAUGGAGAUCUCGGAGGUGGAUGAAGGGGUGUGGCCUACAGGAGGGGCGGGUCUGGUCUCAUUGAACACGCCCACCAUUACUAUUAGCAACAGUGUCACCCCUGGGGUUGGAGGGGUCAAGACAGGAAGCUGGAAAUGGCAUCUUGGUGGACGGUCACAUAAGGAGAAGGAGGGCUGUCCUCUGGGCGGGCAGACCCUGGGUGAGAACCUGGAGCUGUCAAUCAAACGCCUGACUUUGACAUCCAGCCAUUCGGUGCCCAAAGGGCCUAUCCAUGGCCCUCUGAGCAACCUGUCACGCACCGCCAGUGCUGUGUUCUCCCGCUCCUUUGAGGGAAACAACCCUGGAGGUAACCGUGGCAACCCGGAGGCUGGCCGCUAUUUGUGCAGUGGCAGCCUGCAGGAGGAGGAGCUAGGCUAUCUAAGCCCUGUCCCCAACCACACCCAGCGCUCGCCCAGACUCGGUGUGCAUUUCAGGAAUGACCUGUGAACACCUGGUCUCUAACCCUUGACCCUUCACUGCCUUCUCAGUCAUCUGACCUCAGCGACCUGGACUCCCAGCCUGCCAGUGGGACUGGAAUUCAAACUCCAUACCACGUUUCCCCCCAUUCCCUCUUCUCACCAUAUCCCCCCCAUCCCCAUCAACCAUCAUCUUCCUCUCCUCCUCUCUUCUACACUAAGACAGCUGGCACCUCCAGAGAUGGGAUCAUCUUCGCCCACUCCUGUCUUCCCAAAGCGAGAGUCUGAGAGAGUGAAGAGCCUGGGUCCACCCGCUCUACCUGCUCUGGGAACCAGACAGACUGUGUUGCAAAACAACAGACUUCGUAGUUUUCGGAGAGAGUGUUUGGAAAUGGAGUAUUUAAAAGACUCCUGUUAGUCCUGUUUUGCUCUCCGUUCAUCCCCUCUGACUACGACAUCUCUGGGGAGGUUGUGUGUGUGCGUGCAAUUGUAAUUGUAAGUGAAAGUGGGCAUCUGAGGGUGUAUGCAAAUGUUUUUAAAAUGAACAAGGUGCGAUACUCUUAAACAAAAAUUAUUGAUCUCAAGGGAAGGUUUUAAGAUGCCCACUUCCCUAUAUAAAUUGGAAGGUCAGGGCCCCCAACAGCCCCCCUCCUACCUCACCAAAAAGGUAAUACCCUGUUCCUCACCCACACCAUGCACUAGGGUUUGAACGAACCCCAAGACAUGACAUUCACACUCCUGUUGCCAUAGCAACUGUUUAUCCAUCCAGUCCUAGUAAAUCUGCAUCCUGUGAAAGGAUUAAAUGACGACAGAACACAAAAUUGAAGGAAACCAAAAAUAAUCAUUAAUGUUUACAUCUGUAAAAUAUUGAUGUCAUCCUUACUAAAAGCAAUAGCUAUUGUACUAUGUUGAUUUUUCUCCCUGAUCUGAUCGGAUCUAUAAAAAUAGCUGAUUGGGGUAGUUAUGUUUACAAUUAAAGUUAAUUGGGGUGGGGUUGCAAUGUUUGUAAGAUGAUGUAUAAAAUAUUUGUAUGAUGUAAACUGUGGUAUUUUCAUAUUUCAGAGAGACUAGGGUUUUUAAAAAAUACUUAGCAAUAUGAAGUAUAGGGUCGCUAUUAAAGGUCUUCAAAUCCUUUGCAGUCUUCACAUUUUGCUGCCUUCAUUUUUAAUCUAAAAGGGGAUUUCAUUGAAAAAGUCAUUUUUUGUUUGUACAGAACAUAAAAAAAUCGAAGAUGCUUAACUUUGAAUUCGAGUCUAUAAACUUUCAUAACUGUUGGGCCUAAAUAUCUGCAUUGUUUUGUUUCAAACUGAGUAAAUUUUGUUGAAAUUCAUUAAUCGACACCAAUAUUUUAAAGGAGAUUUAAGUCAGGAUUGAGACUGAACCACCUCUUGGAAAGCACUGGUGUGUCUUUAGUAUCUGUUUUUGUAGUUUUUCAGCAGAAAAAGAAAAUCACCAACAGUAUUUGGUUUUCAGAGGACUAAGCUGGGUUCCCCCUCUACAUUUUUAUCUGCUUUGGUGCUUUUGUUAUUUUUGAUCAAAUAACAAUAAUGUAGUCAUUUAGAUUUUAUCUUGAGGCAGAAAACUGUGAUACAUUUAAAAGGAGCUUCUAGACUUUCACUAGUUACUGUUAGCAGGACAUUACCUUGCUGUGUAUGAUGAUGUCAUAUUGCAGCAUUUUCCUUUUAACUGAUGUUUAAUGUAACGACAGACAGUCUGGAUAUGUGGUAUUUUUCUACAAGAUUAAGAGUAACAACUGUUUUAGCAGUAUUGAAUCCUUUCAGUGUUAAAGUACAGUAGAACCCAAACCAAUCCUGCACGAUGCUGGCCUGACACCCAAACCCACCACCCCUGGCCUAGUAAUAGAGGGUUAAGGGAGAAGCCUUUACAAGCUAGGGGAUAGGUUGUAGGGCUUGGUAUAGGACUGAGGUGUCAGUCCAGUAAUGCUGUGUCUGAUUGGUUUAUCUAAAUUGGUUGAUUGAUUUUGAAUUAGUCAUGUUAAAAACGUGAACUUUACUGUGUUUGUCAGUUCUCUGUUCCAUAAUCUGCUUUAUAAAAUAAUGGAAAUAAAGAUCGAAAACACUCAUUGAGACGACUCCCCGUCUGGAACCUUUGUGUUCUGGAACCACGGUUCCAUGAGUCCCGGAGUUCUGUCAUAGCCAGAUUUUUCUCAGUCAGUGUUCUAGAUCUGUUUUACGUUCAUACAGUGGAACAACAACAAUCAUGUUUCUGUAUUUUGUUGCUCUAUUGGAUGUUAUGAAUCUGUAGAUAAUAUUGAUGGAUGUAAAAUGUUGUUUUGGCCUUUCUGUCUGAAGAUAACUCAUUGCUAGAGCUACUUUCUUUAAGAAUAAAGUCUUUCUAUAUUUCA